AAGUUUCAUUCGAAGCGGCUGCCAGUUACUCCUGUUUUCUUACUAUAGAUCUUAUGAACUCCUCCUCUCCUGUGUGCAUUUCUAAGAGUGGCUGCUGGGAUGUGAUUUACACCUCUAGAAGAGUCUGUGCUUUGCCUGGUGACUUUAAGGAUCUGCGUGAGGAGCAUCAGUUUGCUGGUCGUGUGGAGUAUGUGGGGAACAAACUGAGAAUCAAAGAGCUCAAGAUCAGCGACUCUGGAGAAUAUCGAUUCAGGUUCAUCACUAACACGACAAACGGCCAAUACUCUGGAUCACCUGGAGUCAUUCUUACUGUUACAGAUGCUCAGGUGAAAAGUAGCCCAUCUGUUGUAUCAGAGGGACAGGAAGUGAUAUUAAGCUGUUCAACUAAAUGCUCUCUGAACGACAAACAUACUUACAUCUGGUACAAGAACGGACAACAGGUAACGGAUGGAUUCACUAAAGACAACAAGCUGUACCUGGACUCAGUCAGCAAUGAAGAGCUUCACCAGUAUUCCUGUGCUGUAGGAGAAGCCCGAGAAAUCGAGUCCAACACAGUUUUACUAAGCACUGUAAUCAUACUGUCCGUGUUUCUGAUUCUUGCACUCAUAGGAGUCCUGUGGUACAGGAGGAGAAAGACUAAUUCACCUAAACAACAUGAGGACAAUAAAAGGAGUGUACAGUCGGGUUCUGCUGCUCUGUAUGAUAAUGCUGUAGCCUUGUCUACGGUCUGCACACAAGAAGUUCACAUAAAGGAUCAGGACGUUCAUUAUUCAACUAUUAAUUUCAAGCAGUCUCACACAAAGAACACAGCUUCGGUUCCUACUGCUGUUCAUUCAACCACAGAUGAUGUUCAUUAUGCUGCUGUGAAGUUCAGCUGAACCUUAGCUAAGCCCCAGCUUAAAAUGUUACCUACAGUACUGAACAACCCAACUGUUGCUGUCUGCCGUAUUGUGACCAAGCUUUUGCUCAUAUCAAGUGUCUAUGAAUGUCCUGUAUAUUUGCAUAGUUU